AUUUAUUUAGAUAUAACAUCUUAUAGUCUCACUAAUCCCCAAAUUAUAAUUUAGGACUAAGUGUAUGGACAGGUACAUAAAUUCAUCAGAAUUUACAUGUGCAAAGUAUCUAGUGAAAAGGCUCCAACAUGGACUAAACAGAAUCCAGGUUAGUGUCUCGUCCAAAGAAGAUAUUAGCAUCAGUCGCAGACCUGCCGGAGGGGCUUGUACAAUGAGAAUACGGAGAGGUCCAAAAUGUUUUGUUCUAACUGGGGUGGCUUUCUGCUUUUUCCUUCUGAUCUACGUUCAGGACAUGACAAACAUAAUAGCGUAUGUCAACAAUAAGGUUCCGGUUCACCGGCAUGUUGUGAGGUGGGUUGAGAACGAGCACGACCACCGGCGCCCCAGGAUGAUGAUCACAUACAAGGGCAGGCUGGGGAACCACAUGUUUGAGUACGCCACCCUCAUCGGCAUCGCCCGGCGCUACAACAUGACCCCCAUCAUUCCCGACGACGUGGACCUGCUGGACGUCUUCAAGAUCCCGACCCCUCAGGGCAGUCUUGACCUCCUGAGGGACCCUAAACGCUACCCCGAGGAAAAGGCAGCAACCUACUACAAAGGUGUAGAGAAGAUUGACCCAACACGUGAUGCUUACUUAGAUGGGUACUACCAGUCUUGGAAAUAUUUCGACGAUCUCCGUGAUGAGCUUCUCAACAAGCAUUUUCUCCUGCACCCAAGUUUAAAAAUCGCAGCCAAUAAUUACAUAAAAAAUCUUCUCAAGGAGAGGAAACUAGAAGGGGCUGUUUUAGUUGCGGUUCAUGUUCGUCGGGGAGAUUUUGUUCGUCAGCGUGUCAAAGGUUACACGGCUGCUCCUAUUCCAUAUUAUUACAAAGCCAUGGACCACUUCCGGAAGAAGUAUGGAAAAGUAAUGUUCAUCAUCUGUACCAACGACCUUAUAUGGGCAGAGACCAACCUAGACGAGGGACCAGAUGUUCAUUAUUCUCAUGAAACUGACGGCUCGCUUGAUUUAGCUAUCAUGAUAAGCUGUGACCAUAUGAUAAUCACGUCAGGCUCGUACUCCUGGUGGGCUGGCUACUUAGUCAAAGGGGAGGUAAUUUAUUAUGCUGGAUACCCUGCCCCUAAUACCAAGAUAGGCAAUUUGACUUCUAAGGAAGAUUAUUAUCCACCAUAUUGGACAGGGUUAAUGCCUUAGUAGACACUUUAUAUUAAACUAAGUAUUGUCUGGUUUGUGAAUAUGUUAUUAUGGAGAAUAAAUUGCCUUUUAUUUUAAAGUGGAAGUAAAAAUAUUUUUUGACUCGUGAUUGACAUUAUUUUAAUCUUUUUGAAAAGUAAAUAUCAUUCCUUAACCUGUACAUUUUUACGUUAAAAAAUACACUACUGGGUUUGGUUUGUGUCUUUGCUCUUUGAUAGCCAGACUUAUAAUGUGUGCAGCUUGAAAGUAUUUUAACACUAAAAUCCACUCCUAAUUCUAAUGAUAAUGUGACAAAUACUACUACAAAAAUGGGGGUAAUACAAAUUGAUAACAUAGAUAUUGAAAUUCACUUUAAAAUGUAUAUUUAUUUUGGCAGAUAUGAUAAAUUAUCAGACACAAAUAAGCAACCUUGCUUGUUUGUAAAAUUAAAAUAAAUUGUUAAAAAUAAGCUGCUGUGCACUUUAAGAAUAAAAUAUCUUAUUUUGUGUGACUGUUAACUAAAGAAACUGUGAAAUAUUUUAAAAAUGUAAUUGCAUUUGAUCCUGUUUUCCACAGCUUCAUUUAAACCUAUCAGUAAAUGCUAAUUAUUGUAACAUUACAAAAAUUAGUCUUGUUUUGUGAAUUUAAUUUUGUUAUCUAUGAACAUUUUAUUGAACAUACAAAAUACAACUUUUUUUGCUUUAAGUUAUCAAUAUUUAUUUAAUUUCUAAUAAUUCCUAAAUGAUGAAUGAACAAAUCCCAAUUGUUUCACUUUUUAUUGUGUGCUCCAUGUAUCAUUAUGUUCCAUAACCCACCUCUUAAUCAAAUCCCACAGUUAUAGGUUUAUUUUAUGGUGUAUAAUAUGUAUCUUGCUGUAACCAAAUGGAUAACUUUUAUGCUGAUUUAUUCAUUUUUUUAAUUGUGUAAUGACUUUCUGUUUGUAGUCAAAUUAGUGCAUAUAUCAAUUAUUGGUCAUAAAUCUCACUCUCCCAGUGGCUUUUUUUGUGAUGGGUGGGGGAAGGGCCAAUAAAACCCAUGAUGAUGUCAUAUUGAUGGAAAACAUUUUUAUCCUAAUUUUAAAACACAUUUUAUCCAUUGAAACGUUUUGCGCACAAAUUUCCUUUUAGUGUAUUUUAUUUAGCACAUUUUAAAAAUAGUAUCCCAGUAUUUGCUCAGUUAUAACUAAAU